UGUAAUUUAGCUAUUUCUGAGAUUUAAUUGUUUGUGGUUUCUGGGGGUUGUGGCAACUUGCUGCAUUGAAUUCAGACAAUAUGCAUUUGGAUGAUUGGUGAGUUCAGUAUUUUGGUGAAUAAUAGCCUUUUUUUCUAUUCGGUGAAUUCAGAAAUUUAUGAAGUGUUAGUGUGUUUCCGGUGGAAAUGGCUGCAACUGGCACUUCAUUUAUUAAAGUACAGAGGAAUCUGCAGGGUUUCACAACAGUUCUACAAUCUGCAGCUUGUGAAUGGUUUUUGCUCUUUUGGCUGCUUAUUGAUUCUGUACUUUCGUAUCUGCUGACAAAAUUUGCAAGUUAUUGCGGAUUGCAAAUACCUUGCAUGUUUUGUUCCAGGCUCGAUCAUUUUCUGGGAAAUGAAAAACCUGGAUUUUAUAAAAAAUUAAUCUGCAGAAACCAUAGAUCUGAAAUAUCAUCCUUGAUUUCUUGUCACAUUCAUGGGAAGCUUGCUGAUGGCUACGGUAUGUGUGAGGAAUGCCAAUUGUCAGCCACUAUGAAAAGCGUACCAAGCCCAGACAUAAACAGGCUGUUGAUGGGUAAGUUUGGGUUUGAUAUUGGUGCUCCUGGUUUCCAGAACUCAUUGCAGAACAGGGAGCUUGUUUCUGGUUCUGUUGGUACGAGGAUGUGCUCAUGUUGCAAGAGAUCAAGACAAACUUCCAACAGAAUAGCCCAACUGAAAUCACCUAGCAGUGCGAUGACUAAGCCCAAUAUUCCUUUGCCCAGUCAUCUGACCCACCGUGAAAAUACAAGGAAAAAGAGAAAGAAAUUUCCUGGGUCUGUAACAUCUCACCAUCUUGUAAGGUGUGAUUACAAUCCCCGCUCUCAUGUAGGAUACGCGGAGCUCAAGUACACUUUUGAUUCUGAUUCUGAAUUUCCAUUUUUUGAUGAUGAUGAAGGCAGUAGUAUUGGUAACAAAAUGAAAGAGCUGAAGGAAGAGUCCACAGUUCCACCCAAAACACUGACUGAUGGUAUAAACUCAGAGAAGAUGACGCAUCAUUCCUUGAGAAGCUUGGCUUCUGAUGUUGAUCUGAACCGGCAGCAAGCUGAUCAUGAAAACUGUCCUUCUGCACUACCUGAGCUUAUUUCUUUAGAUGAUUGUCCUUCCUCCAGUGUAAUGGGGACUCCUCCUGGAGUGCCAUCAGUGAGAAGUGAGCUCAAGUUUCCUUUCUUUCCGAACUACAAUCUUUCUGCACUCUCUGAUCUCAUGACACUCGUAGUUCCCUCGUCAUUUAGUGCUGUUGAAGGUCCUCUGGAAGCAUCAGAAAGGAAUUCAGCAGACUACACUGGAAAAGGGGACGGGCGAUAUGUAUCCAUCAACAAGCACAAGGAAAUUUCAAAAUUAACUACGUCAAUCAGAGGAGGUGAUCGGGUUGCUACUGAAGUACCUUCCAUAAAUUCAUGUAAUGUGGAUCUAAUUGACGUGUGGAAGCCUGCUGCCAAUAGCGAGGAAGGAGAAGCGCGCACUUUUAUGGCAGAAAAAGGGACUGCGAAUGAAAGUGAAAGAGUUGAUGAAAAUUUGGAGUUGCCAACAGAAAAUGUUUUCGCUGAAGUUCCUGAUUUAUCAUUGAAUAAUAAAAUCAAUGGGGUGGAAGGUCGUGGGGAUGAAUUGGAGAUGAAUGAUGCUUUGGGGCCUAAUGGAGUACAGAUGCUCCAGACUGAAAGAGCUGAAUCAUCUGGUCUUGAAUCUCUCGAUGGAAGCUUUGUCAGUGACAUUGAAGGUGAAAGUAUUGUUGAUCGGUUAAAGCGACAAGUGAAGCAUGAUAAAAGACGCAUAAGCGAUUUGUACGAGGAAUUAGAAGAAGAAAGAAGUGCUUCUGCGAUUGCUGCAAAUCAGGCAAUGGCCAUGAUCAAUAGGCUGCAAGAGGAGAAGGCAGCACUUCAUAUGGAGGCCCUGCAGUACCUAAGAAUGAUGGAAGAGCAAGCAGAGCAUGACGUAGAGGCUCUUGAAAAAGCUAAUGAUCUUCUGGCUGAGAGGGAGAAACAAAUACAGGAUUUGGAAGCAGAGAUAGAUUUUUUACGAUUAAACACCCCCGAUGAACCAGUGGCGGAGACAAUACAUGUGAAAAGUUACGAUCUGAAGGAGAAAAAUAUGAGUUUAGAGAAUACUUCCAAAGGUGAUGAUGAUACCAAUGUUCCUUGUAGCUCAUCGUUUAGGGAGGUCUUGAAUGACAAUGAAAAACCUGCUACUGCCAAAUCUUUUUGGUCAGAAUAUGAUGAUGAACUGUUGCUCAUUUCACAACGUUUGAAGGGUUUGGAGAGGAAACUUCAUCAAUUUGCAUCUCAUGGGGCUUCACAAUUCGUGUCUAAUGGUGAUUAUUCCGAGGAAGCUCAUGGAGCUCUCAACGAGGGAGAAUCUCUUGCCUAUGAGGGGAGCCGAACAAAUGAUCAGACAAAGGAGGAUAGUUUGUCAACGCAAAAGGAUUCACCUGUAUCUAAUGGAAGCCUCCCUGCCCAUGAAAAAUCCAGCGCUUUAAUUGCCAAAGAUCAAGAUGUUUGCAACGAAAGUAAUCAUCCAGUUUUCAUUGGACAAAAAACCUCCGAGCAACAUAACGAGAUUGAUUUGGUUGUUCUUGAAAAGGAGAUAUCAGACCUUAAUGGGAGAUUGGAAGCACUUGAAUUUGAUAAGAAUUUUCUGGAGCAUGCUUUCAAUUCUCUUCAAUCUGGAAAAGAGGGAUCGCAGUUUGUUCAAGAAAUAGCUCAUCAUCUGCAAAAAUCGCGGAAAAUAGGGAUGAAAAAUAGUGACCAAUCUGUUCCUUGAGUUUCUAUUCUUCGUUAUGAGAAGAUGAACUGGAAUGGUAAGCAUAACGGUUCUUGUAAACAUUCUGCACAAGUAGGAUGCUGUUCCGUGUCCAAGGUGAGAAUCCAUGAAUUGCUUCAGGACAACCCUGAAUUGCUUAUUCAGAAAUUCGUAACGCUACAGUCUACAUCUUUACGGGCAUAGGGAGUUUUAUUAUCAGCCUUCGAUAAUUUUAAAACUCUCCCACUGGCACGGAAGAUGGUCUUACUGCUAACCCUUGCCAAAUCUAUUUAUUAUGUUAAAGCUUGCUGUGGUGGAGAAUCUGAACCAUGUGGUACAGAACAUUGCUUUGAAAUGGUUUUUUUUUAACUAUGUUUAGGUCCUUUCGAUCUCUCAUUAUAAUUAUGAUU